AUUAUGUAAACUCAACAUUUUCAUCAUGGUUAAGUAAGCUAAAUAUGCGUUAUUGGUCAUGUAAAAAUACAGAAAUAUAACUGUCUGGCGCGGAAGAGCGAACAUUGAACAACAUUGUAGUAUGAAGCUGAAGUCGCAUAAUAGAAAAAACUAUUUCUAUGCAAAUUCUCAUGUCUCAUUAUUUGCUGAUCGUCAUCAUCAUUCCAAGACGUCCACCCUAUUUGUUUAUGCAGUAUUUCUCUCGAUAUCAAUGGUAUAUGAAUUUGCAUCUGCAAUCAAACGCUCAAGUCUACUCUCGCUCUCACACUUGCUGUUCGUUGUGGUUACGCACUCUGAUUGGGAUUUGUUCUAGUUCAUGUGGACGUUAUCGUUUUCGUUUUUUGUCGUCAUUAACGCUGUGAUUCUAGACACGAGAGAGGUCUGUUUUGAUAACAACGGAUGCUGGCGUUCAUGAGUGUUGGAUGAAGAUUACCGCCAAAUAAAUCGUUAUCGCCCACCUGCAGUGGACUGAAUUCCUCGCCGUUUGCCGUGUGAAACAGUUCUGGAGUUCCUAGUCAGAAGCCAUACAAUUUUGCGGAAACACUACGAACUAUACAAUUUUGUCUCCAACUAUUCAAAGUUACGCAAUACAAGUAAUGAGCCACGAGUAUUGUUUUAUGUUGAUAUAUAAAAUAUAGACCGAUUUCCACAACAAUUAAGAGGCUGCCUACGAUAUUUCGGGGGACUCGAACAGCGAGAUGUCGCCCACUAAGCUAAAACGUCUGGAGUGGUAUUAUGCUCCUGCAUUCCUACUCUUUUGGUUUGUUCUCUUUGUGGCAGUGGUAAUUCCUGUUUAUUUUCAUUUGCCCACUGCCUUAAGAGUCCUGGACGAGGAGGCCAGGCCAGGAGAAUUUAUAGCUGAGAGAGCAGAGCGCAUACUGUUCGCUUUCGACAUGAUUGGUCCAAAAGUUGUUGGUAGUUUUGCCAAUGAAAAUCUCACAGUGCAGUUGCUGCACGAUGAAGUGGAACGUAUACGCCAGAGUAUGAACCAUGAACUGUAUGACAUGGAGGUGGACGUUCAGGUCGUUUCCGGUGCCUAUAUGCAUUGGAGCAUGAUUAACAUGUACCAGGGUCUACAGAAUUUUGUGGUGAAACUGAGUAGCAAAAGCUCAACAUCCCAAAACUACCUGCUCAUCAACAGUCACUUUGACACCAAACCCGGAAGUCCAGGAACUGGUGACGACGGAGCAAUGCUGGUGGUCAUGUUGGAAAUACUACGAGUAAUGGCUACUUCACGCGAGACAUUUACUCAUCCCAUAGUCUUUCUGUUUAAUGGUGCCGAGGAAAAUCCCUUACAGGCCUCUCAUGGAUUCAUAACUCAACAUAAAUGGGCACCCAACUGCAGGGCUCUCAUCAAUCUCGACUCUGCUGGCAGUGGACACAAGGAGAUUCUUUUUCAAUCUGGCCCAAAUCAUCCUUGGCUGAUGAAGUACUACAAUGAAUAUGCCAAGCGCCCCUUUGCCACCUCGGUGGCUGAAGAACUCUUUCAAGCCAAUAUUAUACCAUCGGACACGGAUUUUCGCAUUUUCCGAGAUUAUGGUAAAGUUCCCGGUCUGGAUUUUGCACACAGCUACAAUGGAUAUGUCUAUCAUACAAAGUACGACAACAUCAAUGUCAUACCCAGGGGAACAUUGCAGACGACGGGCGAAAAUAUACUUAGCCUUGCAAGGGCUCUGGCCAAUGCCCCAGAAAUGGAAGAUACCGAGAAAUAUGCCGAAGGACAUUCGGUGUUCUAUGAUUUUAUGGGCUUGUUCUUUAUAUAUUACACCGAAACGGUUGGUCAAAUAAUAAAUACUUGCGUCUCAGUGGUAGUUCUUAUCUGUAUAGGCGUAUCCAUAUGGCGAAUGGCCGCUGUAUCAUACAUAUCGAUAGGAAAAGUGAUGAGAACCUUUGCUUUGCUGCUGAUCCUACACAUUUGUGGCUUAGCUUUGGCCAUCGGUUUGCCAUUGCUGAUGGCGGUAAUGUUCGAUGCCGGCGAUCGUUCGUUGACGUGGUUCAGUCACAAAUGGCUAACAUUCGGUUUGUACAUCUGUCCCUCACUGAUCGGCAUGUGCUUGCCUUCACUGCUUUAUUUGAGCUUCAAUAGAAAUGACAAAUUGAGAAAAUCAUUUAAAAUCCAGCUGAUUAUGCAUUCCCACGCAUUGGUAUUGGCGGUCGUCUGCAUAGUGUUGACGUUUGUGGGCAUGCGUAGCUCUUACCUACUUAUGAUAUCCUUGUUCUUCUACGGUAUAGCUGUAAUUUUAAAUUUGCUAUUGACACUGCAGCACAGAGGAAUGCUGUGGUCCGUUUUGGUUGUGCUAAGUCAAAUUAUGCCUUUCUUGUAUUUCGCAUAUAUUUUUCUUGCGUUAAAUUCCACCUUAAUGCCAAUGAUGGGUCGAUUUGGUUCUUCUCUAAAUCCAGAUCUUCUGAUAGGAGGUCUAUGUGCCCUCGGAACUAUUUUGUCUAUGGGCUUUGUGACGCCUAUGAUCAAUUUAUUCCGACACUCCAAAUCCAUUUUGCUUGGUUUGUUGGUAACCACUUUUGUAUUUUCAAUGAUUGCAGUAAGCCCGGUGGGAUUUCCAUAUACCCCCAAGACCAAUGUGGGUAGAGUUAAUUUUCUCAAUGUCCAAAGGGUAUUCUAUGAAUAUGACAGCACAGUCAGUACAAAUGAGUCCGGCUAUUAUUUUGAUUUCCAAGAUAGACGCAUACACUAUCCGAUCGAAGAACACGUUGAUCUAAGCGAAAUGGAAAGUGUUACAGAGGAUUGCGAUGAAUUAAUGAUGUGUGGCUUGCCUCUCUUCAAUCAUCGCUGGUUCAAAUCCCGUAUGAAGGGUUAUUGGCUUCCUUCCAAAGAGCCUAUAGAAAUGCCUGGUACACCAACGUUAAAUUUGCUCAAUAAAACUUUUGUGAACGGCACCACCAAUGUGGUACGUUACAAUUUUGAGCUGAGCGGUCCUCCACACAUGAGCAUAUUCCUAUUACCUUUGGAUGGUGUGGUGGUGGAAGAUUGGAGUUUUCUCAAAAACAUGCUGCAAGAUCGAGUCAAGUAUGAACCGCCCUACCACAUAUACUUUUCAUACGGAAAACUAUCAACGCCUUUAAACUUUUACUUUGAUUUAAAAAUCGGUGAUAAAUCUUUGGACAAUCCACUUGUGGAAUUAGGAAUAGCUGCUCACUAUGUAAACUUCGAUUUUCCCCGAGGCGAAUCCACAAAGGCAUUCAUAAACAGUUUUCCCGAUUACAUAUUUGUUAUGGAAUGGCCUAGCUCUUACGAGCGCUAUAUAUUUUAAGUGUUGUGUUAAAUAAAUACAUUCUAAGUUAUCAAAUAAUACACAUAGCAUUUGUAUAGUUUAAUCGUAGUUGAUGAAACGUCCUAAUUUCCACUCAUUAGUUUUUGUAUGGAUCGAUCGAAUUUCCUGUAAACAUAUACAAACAUUUUAGUGGGAACAUGUAUGUACGUACAUGUAUAUGUAAAUAAAGCAACAUUAUGCACUGUGUAAAAAAAAAACAUUUGGUAAGUUCCAA